AAUGUCAGAUUUUGGUUAUGAUAUUUCGAAUUUUACUCGUAUGAUUCCAUUUUUGGUACUUUGGAAGAUUUUGAUGCCAUGAUCGCCAAGGCCAAACAGUUGGGAGUGAAAAUUAUUUUGGAUUUUGUACCGAAUCAUUCCAGCGAUGAAUGUGAAUGGUUUCAAAAAUCCAUAAGAAGGGAGGUGGGGUUUGAGGAUUUCUAUGUGUGGGAUGAUGGUAAGGUGGAUCCGGAGGAUAACUCGAAGCGACUGCCGCCAAGUAAUUGGAUUUCCGUUUUUGGUGGCUCCCAAUGGACCUGGAAUGCCGAACGCCAGCAAUUCUAUUUGCAUCAAUUCCAGGAUAAACAACCCGAUUUGAAUUUUUCCAAUCCUUUGGUGAGACAACACAUGUUGGGUGUAUUGGAAUAUUGGUUGGAU